GGAGCCAUGGCAGUCAGCUGGAUCAUUCUGUUCUAUGGCCUGGGACUGGCAGCAGCUAAGCUAACGGGUGAUACAGAAAGGGAUGUUGAUGAAGGUCGUGACUGGGACAUCUUUGACAUCAAUGAAGCGGCGGGGCUGGACCUGCUGGAGGGAGAUAUCGAACAGGACGAUGCAUUCAGAAACUCCAGAAUAGGUGACGAGUAUCGCUGGCCAACAACCAUUCCCUACUACCUAGAGGACAGUCUGGAGAUCAAUGCAAAAGGAGUGAUCCUGAAGGCAUUUGACCAGUACAGACUGAAGACCUGCAUUGACUUCACACCACGGAAAAAAGAGGAGAACUACAUCUCUGUGUACAAAGGUGGCGG